GCUGCCCCGGCAGGGCCCGCCUCAGCCCGCCGCCCGCCACCCGCCCGCCGCCGGCGGUAGGGAGCCGCUGGCUCGGCGAGGCGGCCGCCCCCGCGGGGAGGCGGAGGGAGCCGCGGGGGGCUCCAUGAGGGGUUGCGGCAGCCGCGGGCCGGGCCUGCCCAGGCGGCUGACUCCUCCCUGGGGGAAGGAGGGUGCGCUGGGGCCGCCCCCGCCGCCGCCCGCCGGGGCCGCCGCCGUGUGACGGGGAGCGCGCAGCCCCGAGCGGCCGCGGGGCGCCGGGCCUCAGCCGGCGGGCGUCGACACCCUGCCCCCGAGGGACGGGGCCUCCUGGGCCCGGCCCGCCGCUCCCUCCCUCGGUCCCCGCCGGCAGCGACAAUGUUUUCUCUCAAGCAGCCCAAACCCACGUUCAAGUCCUACCUUCUGCCGCUGCCUCAGGCUGAAGACCAUAUAACUUCAGAACCAAGGAUUAAAAAACUGGAACCAGUACUUUUGCCAGGUGAAAUUGUGGUAAAUGAAGUAAAUUUUGUAAGAAAAUGCAUCGCAACAGAUACAAGUCAAUAUGACCUGUGGGGCAAAUUGGUUUGCACUAACUUCAAGAUUUCCUUUAUUACGGACGAUCCGAUGCCACUACAGAAAUUCCAUUAUAAAAACCUCCUCCUUGGUGAACAUGAUGUCCCACUAACAUGCAUUGAGCAGAUUGUCACAGUGAACGACACCAAGAGGAAGCAGAAGGUCCUUGGUCCCAACCAAAAACUUAAAUUUAAUCCAACUGAAUUAAUAAUUUAUUGCAAAGACUUCCGCAUCGUCAGAUUUCGUUUUGAUGAAGCAGGUCCUGAAAGUGCAAAAAAGGUGUGCCUUGCAAUAGCUCAUUAUUCUCAGCCAACGGAUCUUCAGCUUCUCUUUGCAUUUGAGUAUGUUGGGGAAAUAUAUCAUAAUCCAGCAAAGAAGGUGAAUGGAAUAGACCCAGGAGGUGGUGGUGGUGGCAUCGGCAGUGCCAGUGGUCAGCAGACGCCUUUGUUUGAAACUUACUCUGAUUGGGAUAGAGAGAUCAAAAGGACAGGUGCAUCAGAGUGGAGAGUUUGUUCAGUCAAUGAAGGUUAUAUGAUUUCCACUUGCCUUCCAGAAUAUUUUGUGGUUCCAUCUUCCUUAGCAGAUCAAGACCUUAAGCUAUACUCCUACUCUUUUAUUGGGAGACGAAUGCCGUUAUGGUCCUGGAAUCAUCCUAAUGGGAGUGCCCUUGUAAGAAUGGCCAACAUUAAAGAUGUAUUGCAACAAAGAAGAAUUGAUCAAAGGAUUUGUAAUGCAAUAACUCGAAGCCAUCCCCUGAGAAGUGACGUUUACAAAUCUGAUCUGGACAAGUGUCUCCCCAACAUCCAGGAAAUCCAGGCUGCACAUAUCAAACUCAAACAGCUGUGUGUUAAUGAGCCUUUUGAAGAAACUGAAGAGAAAUGGCUAUCCUCGCUGGAAAAUACUCACUGGUUAGAGUAUAUUAGAUCUUUUCUUAAGCAUUCUGCUGAGCUUGUAUAUAUGAUGGAGUGUAAGCAUGUUUCUGUAAUUCUACAAGAGGAAGAGGGACGGGACCUGAGCUGUCUUGCUGCUUCUCUCAUUCAAGUCAUGCUGGAUCCCUAUUUUCGAACGAUUGUUGGAUUUCAAAGCUUAAUACAGAAGGAAUGGGUCAUGGCAGGAUACCAGUUUUUAGAUAGGUGUAACCACUUAAAGAGAUCUGACAAAGAGUCUCCUUUGUUCUUGAUGUUUCUUGACUGUGUUUGGCAGCUGCUAGAACAAUACCCAGCAGCCUUCGAGUUUUCUGAAAUGUACUUGACCAUAUUGUACGACAGUGCACGUAUCUCACUGUUUGGCACUUUCCUUUUCAAUUGUCCUCAUCAGCGAGUAAAGGAAAGCACUGAAUUUGCCAUAAGCAAAAAUAUUCAGCUUGGUGAUGAGAAAGGCCUCAGAUUUCCUUGUGUUUGGGACUGGUCUCUUCAGUUUACAGGCAGGGAUCGCCUGCUCUUCCACAACCCUUUGUAUAUUGGGAAGAGUGCACCAUGUGUACAAAACGGAGCAGUGAAAACUUUCAAACGCUCAAAGAAAAACUACAGCUCCACAUUGCGAGGUGUCCCCCCAGCAUUAAAAAAUGGAAUCAUCGGUGAGCAAGAGUUCCUUCCGAGAAGAAACUCUCUGAUACUAAAGCUGAAGCCAGACUUUUUACAGCAACCGGAGAGUCAGAGUAACAGUAUGGAGCAGUACUUCAGAGACUGGCUUGCGAAACCUGUUGAUUUGCACGGCGUAAUUCUACCCCGUAUCUCGGGAACACAAAUAAAACUCUGGAAACUGUGCUACUUCCGCUGGGUUCCUGAGGCCCAGAUUAAUCAUGGUGGCUUCAUCACUGCUUUCCAUAAAGUGUCUUUGCUGGCAGAUGAAGUAGACAUGUUAAACCGGAAUCUUCGGCAGUACAAAAGCAACUCUUCUUUGCAAGGCAACUGCUCAGAACUGGAUCAAAGCAGGAUGUACUUCAGAGCAAACAGUUUCAAUGACGCCUCUGGGGCCCCAGACUUUCUCUCCUCCUCAUUCCCCUUUUCUCCUGUAGGGAACCUAUGCAGACGGAGCAUUCUGGGAACACCUUUAAGUAAAUUUUUAAGCGGUGCCAAAAUCUGGCUAUCCACUGAGACGCUUGCAAAUGAAGACUAACAUGAUGUGAUGGUUUAAAGGUUUGGGGAGAACACCGCAUAUAAUUUUGUCUUUUCUAAGUUAACACUGCUAAAUGCGUAAUUGAAAGCUGUAAUAAUUUUUAUAUACAAACAUUACGUAAGUUUUGCACAAAUAUUUAAAAGCAAAGCGAGUCAUGCUUCAAAUCGCACAACGUUGUCUUCAAGUAGUUCUCAUCUGCUAGAGCUUCUGGCCCCUAAUUCCUUUUCUAUUUUUGUGGUUUGGCUCAUCAUCUGCGAUGGAGCAUUUCAUUAGCUAAUUGAAAGGCUUGGUCUGGUCAUUAAUGAGGCUUCUGCUUGAAAUACUUUUUUUUUCCCAGAUAGCGAGUGAAGUUCCUUGUGUCAAAACAGCUUGGCAAAUCAAAGUAGUUGGGUGCAGUGGACACAGACUGACAGCUGAAAUCUGGGAACAAACUAUUUUAUCAGAUUGCCUCUUCAGGAAGAAUACUUAUAUACCUACAGAAAUACAUAGUAAUGUUCUGUGACUUGAUCACCCUACAUCUGUGUUAAUGCAGUAUCCAUGGGGGGUGUGUGUGUGUGUGUGUGUGUGUGUUCCCUUUUCUUUCUGUCCCCACAAUGUAUUCAUUAACAACUAGUCAAAUUUGUGCUCUUUGCCAUGAGCUUGACUUUAGACUAUAGGAAUCAACUUCAGGACAAUGCACUGUUAACCUUAAAACAUUUACUGUAGAUUUGGUAGUGUAGUAGCUUUAGAAGUGCCUUUAAUUGGGAGGAAACAGUAGCAAGAUUACGCUAACGCAGCUGACCUCUCUCCCAGCCUCAACUUUUUACAGUAGAUUGUUGCAGUAAGUUCUUGUUCCAUCCCCUGCCUCCCCCUCUCCAGUUCUGGAAAUAACAGGCGGCCAGCUCAGGAGACAGCCAGUUUUUCCUCUUUAAGGUUAAGCUUGUUUGUAAGUCUCACGAGAGCCUCACUUUUUUAUAUAAGCACCUCAAAUACUCAGCAUUAUAUCCCUGCACGGAUCCUGAUCGCUGCUGGCCCUCUCCUCAUCCUGUUGUAGGAUAAAGGAGCUUUCAGCAGAAUUCAUACUGGAGCCCUGCUGGGUCCCAGAAAGGAGGACGUGCUCCAAGUGGCCAAAUCCACGAGGGGUGCUAGCGCUGUUGUCACUCGUAGGCAGGUGCUGGAAGGAGAGUGCUUAGUGGUGCCUUCUUUUUACGUACUACAUGUCCAUACGGACAGUGCAACAGACAAGCACUGCUUGCAGGAAUGAAAUCCAACAGCCUCCCUCAGCUCAGUGCAGCAGCCUCCUCUUUGCUCUGAAACCUUUUAAGCUAUACCUCUCCCUGGAUGCAGUGCCAGAAAAAGCCCCAAGUUUCACAGGGAGAAAAGCAAGACAGUAAAGUAUACUGGGAGGAUGGAGGAAUAGUAAGGUGUCAUCUCAUUGGUGACAGCUUCUGUCGACUACCUUCUCUUAACAGCGAGCCUGCAUUUUAUAUUGACUGACUGCUGUGGAAAACACAAACGCUACUGAACCAACACUGAGCCCGUGUUCAGGUGCUGACUCACAAAGUAAGGCACUGAAGACUUUACGUGGUAGACUGGAAGCGAUUCUCAGUUAAUGGGGGGGGAGCUGUAUGAUGGUGAUAGACGGUAUAUUGGAGUUAUAAAAAAGGCAGGGAGGGAUAGAAAUUGUUUGCAAAACCAAACUGGUCUUCAGCACAGCCUAAAUCACACUCUGCGUUUGGAUGUCCAAGAUUGCUCGAGUAUGUAUUUUAGUGCACACACAUCUGGAGUGGCCUUACAGCUGCAAGCUUUGUGCUAGAGAAGUGCAGUGUGGACAGGACCCUAUUUCCCCGGGGCUGGAAGUGAUGAAAGGUGCAGAGCUGCUGGGGGCCACGGGGCGUGCUGCUGCCCCGUGCUGCUGCCCCGUGCUGUCCCUGGUGGGCACAAGCCGGCAGGUUCACUGUAAAGGUGAGCUAAGGGGGAGGGCUGUAGGCUUCCUUCUUGAACUAAUUGAACCCCCCGAAAGCUGGUUUUAGGCAAAGAAGCCGAGUGUGUGUGUGUGUGUGUGUGUGUGUGUGCGCGUGCAAAUGUGUGUCUGCACGCGGGCACGCACAUGGGUGUUACGAUAUAAUGCCAGAUUGGUUCUGGUCAGCUGUUUGUGAGGAAAAAACGUGUAUUCACCUCAGUUGCCUCAUUAUGCUGCAAGAUGGUCUGAGCAUGUUAAAUGGUCCACAAACUAGUUGUGUUUAUUUACAAACUUGCUGGAGCAGUCAUCUAACUUGUUCAAUUCAUUAUUCAAAUGUUUGUAUUAGUUUGCAUUUGUGAUUUUUCCUUUUUUUCAUUAGCUUACUGCUUUCCCUGGCCUGAUACUUGACAUAAAAGACCUCAACCUGUGUGCUUAGUGUCUUUUGGUACCAUUUUUUUUUCCUUUAAAAAUCACAGUUAAAACUAGGGUGUCUUUUUUUUUUUUCCUUAAAAGUAUAACUUUUUUGGUUUAAAGGUACCAAAAAUGUGUAAAUAACUUAUUCCACACAGGCAGCUCGUGGAAUAAAAAAAAAAAAAAAUGUUUAGGCUAGUACCCUUUGGGGGAAAAAAGGGGUACUAUAUUUAAACAGGAUUGUCUUUUAUAAGGAGAUUUCAGACAUUUCUACAUUUCAGCUCUAAGACGUGUACAGAUGCUGGAGAUAGUCCUUGUAUUUUAUAUCUAUAGCAUGGGAGGGGGUUAAAAAUAAUAUGCCUUUAUCAUAAACAAAACCUGUCUAACUAUUUGCCAAAUAGACUUUACAGAAAUUUUACACCGUUCCAAAAGGAGAGUUAGGCAAGCAGAGGCCAAGCUGGCAUUCAGCAGGGGGAGGAGAGGGGGGGCACCUCCAGCAGGGAGGAAGGGGAGCUACUCACCUUCCCCUAUAGAAAUGAUGACAAGGUUCUGCUUCCUUGUGGUGGCAGGGGCCUUGCCUCCUGAGGAGUCUGAACAACUACUGUGUGCGUCUGUGUGUGUGUGCAUGCGUGCCUGCGUAUGUUGUUUCUUCCUCUUAAGUUAAACAUCUUAAAUUUUUAAUUUACUUUGAAAAGACAGGUACUAAAUGUUAAUUUAAAAAUAUUCUCCAGUCUGCACAGUUGCCUUAUUAAUAGUCAGUAGGGACUGCUCUGAACAUCCCUUAAUAACUUUCAAAAGCAAUUUUGGGGUCUGAGUACAUAUCUUUAACUUCUGUGUACAGAAUACUGACAUACAGGUGUGUGUAUAUAUAUGUGUGUGUGUAUAUAUAUAUAUGUACACAUUUUUGAAUUUUAAUUUCUGUUCACCAUUUAAAACAAGAUACUGUUAAUGCCAUUUUGGUGUUGCAAGAAUAGAAAAACUACCAAGAAACUUAUAUUUUCUUUGUCUGUUUCUAGAAAACGUGCACUAUUUUGGCUGUUACUGGCUGUUAUAUCAUGACUUUUGUACUACACUGUAAACCACUUGGGGGGAAAUAUGAAAUGCUGGUUGAUAUGGUUAGUGUACCUCCAGUGUCAUUAGUUACUGCAAGGUAGCUCUUAUUGUAGACUUACUGAUCAUGGUAGUACUUUAGUCACCAUUUACUGCCAUGUAUCAAAGACAUUUAUUUCAUUCCAGAAAUGCAUUGGAAAGUGUGUGUUUGUGUGUAUAUGUAUACCCAGGCCUGCACCUGUGUUCAAUGUGCACCUGCCUGCAAUACCACUUUGAUACUAACUGCCUUGGAUUUUUAAUGAAAAUGUAGCAAGUGGGGCAAAGGUUCUGGCUUACUCUCAGAUGGAAAGACAUUAAAACCAAAAAAUUUCUAACAUAUAUUUAAGCAAAGGAUGAAAUCUUAAAUUUUCCUCUAACAUAAGAGACAGAAAUCUGUACCUCAAAUUGCUCUAGGCAGUAGGUUUCUAAUGCUGUUGCUGUGAUGGUUUGAGUUCACUAUUUCAACUGAAACUAAAACCUUUGUGCCUGAUAAUGACUUAUUGAGUAAAGUAGCAGUGCCAGGAAGCUCAUAAAACCCUGAUGCUGAGUUGUGAAUGUGAAGUAAAUUAGGCUAAAUAAAAGUUCAUACCUUUCCACAGCAAA